UUCUUGAACUUGAAAAAGCCUUCUCGAAUACUGUUCCGACUGUGGUUAUGCUUUCCACCUGCCAUCUGUAAGUCCUGGGAGAAGUGUCAUUAAGGUUUUUGCAUAUGUUUCCAGACCAUCUUCUCCAUCAACUGCCUACUGUCAUCACUGUCUUUCUUUUUUGUUAAGGUCGAAACAGAAAUCCAGCGGGUCUCCAGGCAAUUAUGAGAACCUCGUAAAGUCUCCUCCAAAAGAGAAACCUUGGAGAAAGCCAUGAGGAACAAGCUGGAGGGUGAAAUUCGGAGAAUGCAUGACUUCAACAGGGAUCUGAGAGAGCGUCUAGAGACUGCCAACAAGCAGCUUGCAGAGAAGGAGUAUGAGGGAUCAGAGGACACAAGGAAAACCAUCUCUCAGCUCUUUGCAAAAAAUAAAGAAAGCCAACGGGAAAAGGAGAAGCUGGAAGCAGAGCUGGCUACUGCCCGUUCUACCAAUGAGGACCAAAGGAGACACAUUGAAAUCCGAGACCAGGCACUGAGUAAUGCCCAGGCCAAGGUGGUGAAGCUGGAAGAAGAGCUGAAAAAGAAGCAAGUGUAUGUAGAUAAGGUGGAGAAGAUGCAGCAGGCCCUUGUGCAGCUCCAGGCAGCAUGUGAGAAACGUGAGCAGCUGGAGCACCGACUCCGGACACGACUGGAGAGGGAACUGGAAUCCCUCCGACUCCAGCAGCGCCAGGGCAACUCUCAGCCCACCAAUGUUUCAGAAUACAAUGCUGCUGCACUGAUGGAGCUCCUGCGGGAGAAGGAGGAGAGGAUUCUGGCCCUGGAAGCUGAUAUGACAAAGUGGGAGCAGAAGUACUUGGAGGAGAACGUGAUGAGACAUUUUGCUCUGGAUGCUGCUGCAACUGUAGCUGCCCAGAGGGAUACAACAGUCAUCAACCAUUCUCCUAACACCAGCUAUGACACAGCUCUAGAAGCUCGUAUCCAGAAGGAGGAGGAAGAAAUCUUGAUGGCCAAUAAGCGUUGCCUGGACAUGGAGGGCAGGAUUAAGACCCUCCAUGCCCAGAUUAUUGAGAAAGAUGCCAUGAUCAAAGUGCUCCAGCAGCGCUCCCGGAAGGAACCAAGUAAGACA